UCCACCACACCACCGUCACCACUAGUUCUAUAAGCAUGGGUUUAACUCACAAAAUUGCUAUUAUAAUUUAUGUUUUGGUGUUUAUCUUUGCCAAACUAUUUUACUGUAUCGAUGUGAAUCAUACAACUGUAACCAUGACACCAUCGGUUUUGAACGAGAGCACAAAUAGUACCAACACAACCGAAACCAAUUCGUUUAACAACCAAACAACAAAAUUAGAUAGUAGCACUAUCCAACCACAACUUGAACACGGUGACGCUAUGCAAAUUUGCAACGAAACUAAUCCAACACCAAAAGAAUCUCUAAUUGAACUAAAUUUAACAGGAACAUUAAGUGAUGAAAUUGAUUUGAUAUCAACAUGUUUUAUCAGGUGUUACCUUGAUAAAAUGGGAAUUCUAAAAACUGACAUUCUCGACCGUGAACGAGCCAUGGAUUUGGAGUUGGCUCGAAAUGAAGACAUUCUUGAUGAUUGCUCAAAGGAGUCACGAGAUGAGAAGGAUAUGUGUAUGCGUGCUUAUUUCUUUCUUCGUUGUGUUGUCAUUUGGAAUUUAAUAUACGAUGAUGCCAAAUAG